GCGUUUUUAAUCUUAACGCUCUUGAAUUAUUUUUUUAAACGUUUAAAAUCUAGAAUCUAUAUACUCAUCAGCGUCAAAGUCAAAACACAGGGUAGACAUAAUUUUGGGGAAUUUAUCGCCAGCUUCUCUUCUCUCUAUCUGCUAUGCGGACGGGAGAGUGACAGACAGACGCAGACUCUAUUGGAAUAUUCGGGUGUGCCAGAAGAAAUCUGCGCUGUUCGCUCGAGCCCUCUCCAUCAUCUCCGCGAGCGCGUCUCAAUGAGAUCUACACGCUCGGCAUGAAUCUCAUCCCAGCGUUUAUUCACUCACGCGACAUCACUGUGGUCAGCUGUAAUGUGUUUUAUUGCUCUGAGAUGUGCGCUCAGGAUUAAAUCGGAUGGAGCAGUCAGUGGUACGCCGUUAAGCCAGUAACCGAGAGGAAAGCGAUAUUUGCGUAUUGCAACUGCCUGUGCGUGUAAAUCUGAGAAGAAUGGACACGCAAAAUAUGAUGCAGUGUCUAUUUGUCGUCAUCUGAACAUCCGUUAUUUCUCUUAAACGCAACAGCACAGCAAGAUUUAUCACGGAAAUCCGCUUCAUAUCUUGUAAUAGCCUCAUGGAAACAUCAAUUUGGACUGUGUAAGAGGGGAAUCGCACGGGAUAUACACCUGGCAACUAAUCAUCUAAACCGUCAGCCGAAUUUUCCAAUUCAUCCUGAGCCUUUGAGGACGGGGCACUACCAGCAAGAACCAGCAAGUGCAUCUAUGAUCCCUGGGACACCUGCAGCGAUGCUCCCAGCCACGGAGGCAGCCAAGAUCUACCAGACCAACUACGUCAGGAACUCUCGUGCCAUCGGAGUCCUGUGGGCCAUCUUCACCAUCCUCUUCGCCAUCGUCAACGUGGUAUGUUUCGUUCAGCCCUACUGGAUCGGGGACGGCAUGGACACGCCACAGGCCGGCUACUUCGGCCUCUUUCACUACUGCAUAGGAAGCGGAAUGUCCCGGGACCUGACUUGCCAGGGGAGCUUCACAGAGUUUGGCUCCAUCCCGUCUAGCGCCUUCAAAGCGGCGUCUUUCUUCAUUGGCAUGUCCAUGGUGCUGGUCCUCUCCUGCAUUGGCUGCUUCGCUCUCUUCUUCUUCUGCAGCACAGCCACCGUGUAUAAGAUCUGCGGAUGGAUGCAGCUGGCAGCAGGUACGUGUCUGGUGUUGGGCUGCAUGAUAUAUCCUGACGGAUGGGAUGCUGAUGAGGUGAAGAGGAUGUGCGGAGAAGGGACGGACAAAUACACCAUCGGAGCAUGCUCAGUGCGCUGGGCGUACAUCCUGGCCAUUAUGGGCAUCCUGGACGCACUUAUUCUCUCUUUCCUGGCCUUCGUUUUGGGCAACAGGCAGGAUGGACUCAUGUCUGAGGAGCUGCUGGGAGACAAGAGUGGAAAUGCAUAGAUGCCAGAUACACUCAGGUGUUUCUGUCUCGUUUAAGGAAAAUCAUUAUGUGAAAUCACAAUCCAGCUUUACCCAUCAUCCUGAGGGCAGGAAGCCUGACUGCAACGGUUUGAAACAAAACGUUAAAGCAAAGGAUGCAAACAGGGUGAAUGGAGUUUGGGAACUCACUGCUUUUCUGUCCAUAUCCCUUCUUUUCACUUCACUCCCUGGAAUUGCAAAUAAACAAAAAUCCCUACCCUAGUUUGAUUUACCUGUGCUACUAACAUGAUAGGGCAGCUAAUGCACCAUUUAGAAGCAACUUUGACUUGGAUUAAUAAAAAAAGAAAGAAAAAAAGUUAUUUAAUUUACGUUGUGUCCUCUUCUUCAGGCCUGCAUUACAAUAAUGUUAAUAUUUUGUGAUUUAAGAAUUACUAUAAAGCACUGUUCUAUUUGACUGAAUUCGCCAAGUAUACUAAUAUAGAAGAAAGCGUUCACAGGCUUGCAUUGUGGGAUUACACUCCGGCACAAAGCUGCAACAGACAUUCCUAGCCUGUUAGUAUUUCUCUGUGUCACUAUCAGCCCUGGGAAGAAAAGAAAAAAAAAGACAAAAAAGGGACACUGAAUCAUGACCACUUUACUGAGAGCCAAUUUACAUGCAACUGAUCAUUUAUCGGGUUUCAAAUGUACAGUUAUUUCACCACAACACUAUCCAACAUUGUUUAAAGGGGUAUGUAAACAGAAGGUUAGAGUUCACUGUUAAUAUAUAAUAAAAAAAUAAUGUCAAAAUUAGGGGCAGACUUCUUUGCCAUUAGUAAUUGUGCACAAGCCAAGUAUAUACAGAAGUAGGAGAGUGUUUUAGGUAUUAUGUAUUGAGUGUAUAUGUUGAAUUUCUGUAUGUCUCUAAUUCAAUAUUUACUUCUCGGCAGUGUUGGUGCUGUACAGUUAUGUGUGCCAUAAUUAUGAUGUUCUCAGCUGGUACCGUUUUGUACUCUUGGUAUAGUCAUUCUGUCCCACCAAGAUAAACGAAUGCCAAUCAAAAAGAAAAUGUCAUGAAAAAACCUGGAGGAUGUGGCUUCAAAAAGCAAACACCAACACGCCCUCCCUUCUUGGACAGCUGAAGAGUUUGGAUGAUACUGGAUGAAGUUCUGAGGGGUAAGAAAAGUGAAAGAAAAGAUGUUUUGCUUUAUUUAUUGGGUGUCUGUCUUGUCAGAUGUUGUAUGUAGAAAAUGAUGUAAAUACACCAUUACAAUGUAUUAGCUAUAAAAGUUCAUUAAAGACAAUUCACCCACAUUAAUGAAUAAAGAUUUUACCUCUA